GGAGGGGAGGGCCGGGAGCCGAGCCUCCUGUUCAUUAGCAGUUGAGAAAAAUUCCUUUCUAGUUUGAUCAAUCCUUGUUUUCCUCGGCAGAGCCGAGGCGCCCGCCCAGCGCGGAGACCGAGAGCGGGGUCUUUCUGCGGCGGGGGCGCCGGGCGCCGGGCCUCCGGGAAGCGCAGAAGUCGCGAAGAGGGGGUCAGGCCGGAGCACCGCCGGGGCUUCUCCCUCCCUUUCUGGUUGGCUUUUUUUUUUUUUUUUUUUUUUCCACUUCUCUCCCUCCCCCUUCCGUUUCUAUUUGUGAAGGGAGGAGGAAGGCAGAGGCGGGCUGGUGUCUCUGGCCGAGGACUGGAAUUUCAUCUGAAUGACUGCCCCUGCGCGCACGCAGCGCCCCGGAGUCGGCCCGCCUGCGCCCCGCAGCCUGCACCCGCACCCGGCCGGCCAGCCGGGGGACGCCCGCGCCGCAGCCCGAGAACCGCCAGUUCGCCUCGCCCGCCCGCUCCGGAUCUAGCCGCCCUCGGCGCGGCCGCUCCCGCUUCCCCGGCCUCUCGGACCCCGGACGAGGCGAGUGAGGUGCGGCGCUGACGACCUGAGAGGGAGCCCCAUCGCCGCCGCCGCCGCCGUCGUUGGAGGAAGUGUGCGGCUCCCUGGCUCUGUCCGCCGCGGGGCGCGCCCCAAUGUCAGCCGCGAAGCCGGGCGCAGGCCGCGGGCCGCCGCUGGCCUAGCCGCGCGGUCGGGGGGCCGGCCUCUUAUAUGGAAUUUGGACCCCGGCGCUCCCCUCCAGGGCUGGUGCCCCGGCCGCGGCCCUGGCGCAGUCCGCCGCCUCCCGCUAGGCGCUCGCGAGGAGGAGGAGACGCAGCCGGGUGCGCGCGCGGCGGGACGACCGAGGUUCCCUCCUCUGGGGGGCAGACGCGCGGAGGGCGCUGGUGACUGAGCGACUGUCGGGGCUUCCUGGGGCCGGAGCUCGGGGCUCGGUGGGCCUGCAGCUGCACCGGACGGCCCCCCAGAGUUGGGCAGUUAGGGAGGCCUGCCCGGGCCCCCUGCCCGCAGCAGCCAUGGCGGAGAAUUGGAAGAACUGCUUCGAGGAGGAGCUCAUCUGCCCCAUCUGCCUGCAUGUCUUCGUGGAGCCGGUGCAAUUGCCGUGCAAACACAACUUCUGUCGGGGCUGCAUUGGCGAGGCGUGGGCCAAGGACAGCGGCCUGGUGCGCUGCCCGGAGUGCAACCAGGCCUACAACCAGAAGCCGGGCCUGGAGAAGAACCUGAAGCUCACCAACAUCGUAGAGAAGUUCAACGCCCUGCACGUGGAGAAGCCGCCGGCGGCGCUGCACUGCGUGUUUUGCCGCCGCGGCCCCCCGCUGCCCGCGCAGAAGGUCUGCCUGCGCUGCGAGGCGCCCUGCUGCCAGUCCCACGUGCAGACGCACCUGCAGCAGCCCUCCACCGCCCGCGGGCACCUCCUGGUGGAGGCGGACGACGUGCGGGCUUGGAGCUGCCCCCAGCACAACGCCUACCGCCUCUACCACUGCGAGGCCGAGCAGGUGGCCGUGUGCCAGUACUGCUGCUACUACAGCGGUGCGCAUCAGGGACACUCGGUGUGCGACGUGGAGAUCCGGAGGAAUGAGAUCCGGAAGAUGCUGAUGAAGCAGCAGGACCGUCUGGAGGAGCGAGAGCAGGACAUUGAGGACCAGCUGUACAAACUCGAGUCCGACAAGCGCCUAGUGGAGGAGAAGGUGAGCCAGCUGAAGGAAGAGGUGCGGCUGCAGUAUGAAAAGCUACACCAGCUGCUGGACGAGGACCUGCGGCAGACGGUGGAGGUCCUGGACAAGGCCCAGGCCAAGUUCUGCAGCGAGAACGCAGCGCAGGCGCUGCACCUUGGGGAGCGCAUGCAGGAGGCCAAGAAGCUGCUGGGUUCCCUGCAGCUGCUCUUCGACAAGACAGAAGACGUCAGCUUCAUGAAGAACACCAAGUCUGUGAAAAUCCUAAUGGACAGGACCCAGACCUGCACGGGCAGCAGCCUUUCUCCCCCUAAGAUCGGCCACCUGAACUCCAAGCUCUUCCUGAAUGAGGUGGCCAAGAAGGAGAAGCAGCUGCGCAAGAUGCUAGAAGGCCCCUUCAGCACACCGGUGCCCUUCCUGCAGAGCGUCCCCCUGUACCCUUGUGGCGUGAGCAGCUCUGGGGCGGAAAAGCGCAAGCACUCAACGGCCUUCCCUGAGGCCAGUUUCCUAGAGACGUCGUCAGGCCCUGUGGGCAGCCAAUAUGGGGCAGCAGGCACAGCCAGCGGCGAGGGCCAGUCAGGGCAGCCCCUGGGGCCCUGCAGCUCCACGCAGCACUUGGUGGCCCUGCCGGGCGGCGCCCAACCAGUGCAUUCAAGUCCUGUGUUCCCCCCAUCACAGUAUCCCAAUGGCUCUGCCACCCAGCAGCCCAUGCUCCCCCAGUAUGGCGGCCGCAAGAUUCUCGUCUGUUCUGUGGACAACUGUUACUGUUCUUCCGUGGCCAACCAUGGUGGCCACCAGCCCUACCCCCGCUCCGGCCACUUUCCCUGGACAGUGCCCUCACAGGAGUACUCACACCCGCUCCCGCCCACACCCUCCGUCCCCCAGUCCCUUCCUGGCCUGGCGGUCAGAGACUGGCUCGACGCCUCCCAGCAGCCUGGCCACCAGGAUUUCUACAGGGUGUAUGGGCAGCCGUCCACCAAACACUACGUGACGAGCUAACGCCACGCAGGCAGUGGGGAGCUGGGGAAUCUUCCCCCCUAGCCCCCAGUGGCUCGGGAAUUAUGCAUCCAGAGACCUGCCCUUCUACCUUCCUGUCUUCCCUCCCUUCCUCCUUCAUCCGCCACUCCCCCCCCCCCCCCCCCACCAAGUCUUUUCCUUUUGGAUUUUGUUUUGUUUUGGGCUUUGUUUUUGAUUUUUUUUUUUUUUUUUUUUAAUGAAUCUCCUGGACGCGGAGGUGACAGUGAGAGCUGGCCUGGGCUGGGCUGCAGGUAGCCCUGGAGUUGGGAAAGCAUCUACUUCAAGGCAUGGAGCUCUCUCUCUCUCUGUCUCUCCUUUUUUCUUCCACUCCUUCCCCUUCCCACCCCCUUGGCUGGUAGGAGCCUCAGCUUCCCCUAAAGCCUUGGGGGAUCCCACCCUCCUCACCCAGCCCGGGGAGGAUGGACCAGUGCCCACUGGCCUGUUGCUCGUCUUGUUUUUCUUUUGGGCAGUUUGAUCACUGACUGAGUAAGGAAUGACCUGUAGAUUGUGGGGCUUUUUUUUUUUUAAUUUUUUUAAAACCAAGAAUGAUUUCUCCUGCUUCCUUCUUCUCAACAUCCUCCCAGAUGGAGUUCAAAGGCCACUUCUCAAGCAGCUUUUGGCACCUUCAGCCUCAGAGUGGAAUCUUAAAGACAGGAACCCCAUGUCCAGGAAAGGGGAAAAGGAACUUUGCCAAUGAUAGUGACCACAGCAAAAGCAAAUAAUAAUAAUAUUAAUAAUAAUAAAGAGAAAUAAAAGAAAUAAUAAAAUAAAAAAACCAUAGCACAGCCCUUGUUGAGGUCAGUGGGGGAGGAGGGGCUGCCCCGAGUUGGGUCCUUGCCUGGAUUUUGACACAGCAACUUCCUGUAGUGAGCACUUUGUAUGAAUCGUGGACUUCCUGUUCUCAAGACGCAGGUAUUUAUUCUGUAAUCUAUCUAGAGCACACACCGAAAUCCAACCUUCUAAUAAACAUAAUGGCGCA